AUGCUUAACUCAAGUUUGCAGAAAAUUUCACAGGAAUCAGCCAACAAGACAGAAAAUGUUGAUUUACCAGUAUUUGUGUGGAACGCAUCUAUACUCUUUGUGCAGUCCUGGUUUAUCAUAUUGUUAAAUAUGGCGGUUGUUAUUGUCAUUCUGAUGAAAAGAAGAUUGAGAAAGAAGCUAUGUAAUAUGUUUUUAAUUCAGUUGCUUCUCUCUCACUUACAUGUAGGCGUGUCAUGCUUCAUGUUUUCAUUGUAUCAACUCUGCACAGGAUACAAUCCUGAAAACGGAGGCCAGUUUUACCAUACAAUCUUGGCAUUUUUACCAAUAACUGGUUUUGUCAUGACUUUUUCAAGUAUUAUACUUGUGACGAUUGAAAAGCUGAUUGCUAUUAGGAAACCGUUCUUUUAUGCUGAACUGGACUACCGAUUCUUCGUUGUAUGUUCUGGUAUUGGAUUCCUUUUCCCCCUAAUUUCCACUGUAUUGAUUUUAAAUAAAUCUACGAAAGAAAUUGCUUACAAAAUGUUUGUUGCAGGAAUUUUAUGUGUGAUAAUUAUCUUAUCAUUUUCAAAUAUUGUGAUUUACAAAGAAGUGCGUCGGCAAUUCUCUGCAAUUGCAUCAAACGUGGUCACAACGACAGAUCAAGAUCGCAUCGAGAAACUUCAACUGAUGAGAAAGCGCCAAAAUCGAUCAGUUCGUGUUUGUUUUCUAAUUGUUCUAACAUGCAUUAUCUGCUGGUUACCAGGCUGCUUUAACUGUUUCUUUUUCAUCUUCUUCCGAAGAAUGUAUAUAUUUUCGAAACACUAUACAACCAUCAGAAGUGUUGUUUAUCUCUUUGCUCUUAUGAAUUCAAUCACAGAUCCAAUCAUUUUUACUAUGAUGAACAAAGAAGUAAGAAAUCGACUGAGAUAUCUAAUUCUGAGAAAAUGUAAGAAAGUUAACUCCAUUCAAGCCGUCUCAUUGUCUGACCAUACUAAAUCCAGCAAUGCUUGA